CUGAGGGAGGCCCGGAGAGCUGCAGAAGUGCCUAGCUGACCGGGGCAUGCACCCGAUGCGGGACCAGCGAAUGCUAGGCGUUCUGUUGUCAAUUCAUAUAUGGUCAGUCAUAGCAUCAGGACACACAAGCGGGAGCGCAGCAGAAGCGGCGUCGGCUUGCGGAGGAGCAGUACGAUGGAACUUGGAAAGCCGAGCAGAUCCAAUAGAAUCGACUGAGAGGGAUGCACAGCAAGGCAACAGCGUACAGGACGAGGAACCAAGUGCAACGUGACAGAAGAGAAGCUGGCUGUGAAAGUGCAAGCGGAACCGGGAUGAUAAUACCUUGAAUAGGUACUUUACCUGCCCGUUGAGCCCAGUGUGUUCUACACUGGUGCUUCUCAAACCGCACACACUCGC